AUGGCGUCUCCCAAGAAAUCAAAGAAAAGCAAGAAAGAUAGGAAAUUGAAGAAAAACUUAAGCUUGGUUCCAGUCGAGCCCAAAGCCGCAGACUCUGACUGGUGGGAUAGUUUCUUCAACCCAAGACAUCUAGAACAGGCUGUCGGAAAAAUCGGCCUAGGCGCUAGGCGGCCGCCUAGGCGGAUCAAUCAUGAAAUCGUUUCAAUUUCUGAUGGCCGCUAUACGAAAACUGGGCACACAGGUUGGAGUGGACUUGAUGAAGGCAUCAUUGUAAAAGGCAACUGCUCCGCUUCAGAUGAUACCAAGAAAAGAAAUACCAGUUUUAAGAAAAUAAAUAGUGAUGCAGGAGCUCGCGUGAGUGACUAUGUUGUCAGUGAGUUUGUUCAUGUGGACUUUGAGAAUGGUGCAACAACUACUCACAGAAGAUCUAAGGUUUCUAAUUCAACAUUCCAUCUCACCCAGCUGCAAUGGCACCACAGUCAAUAUGAUUCGAACGUAAUUUGCCAAGAGGAAGCUUGGUUUGACUCAGUGAGUAUUCUGGAGUCUGACUCGGAUGAUGACUUUAUCAGUAUGCGUGGAGAUGGUUUUCCAUUAGCAAGCAUUACAGUUGGGAAUAUCUCAAGUGGCCAAGUACUUCAGUACGAAAGUUCUGCUCACUUUGUUGAUAAAGGGUGUAAGUAUGAAGAAUACCAAAGCUAUAUGAAAAUAGAUGGAGGUAAAUCAGAUAAAAUCACUGGCAAAGAUGAGUGCUGGGAAUCAAAUCGGUUUUCGCUUAUUAGUACCCAGGGCUAUGAGUUUUCUCGCUUAGGGAAGGCUGAUGAAGUUUUCAGUAAGAGGAAGAAUAUAUUAGAUCACUCUUAUGGAAGCUUUAAAGGACUUAUGGAGGAUGGACGUGAUUCUAAUGAAAAAAUUCAAGACAAUGCCUGA